AUGAAUAAGGUCCUUACUCGAGUCGAUGGCAGGUUUAGGCUGGGAGAUGUUCUGGGGUCUGGCUCAUACACUGUUGUGUACCACGCACAAAACUUCAUCAAGGAUGAUUCAGUGGCUAUCAAACUCAAACCCAUCAUCAACUGCUCGUCCUCUGCAGAGUUGGGAUCCCCCAUCUUUUGGUUUGGGAGAGAAUCAACAUACCAUGCUUUGGUUCUUGAUCUCCUUGGGCCGUCGUUGCAUGAUAUCUUCAUUGUGCAUGAUCGAAGAUUCAGCCUUCCCAACGUUGUGAAUCUAGGAAACCAGUUGCUCUCACAUCUCAAAUACAUCCACUCACACAAUUUCGUUCAUGGUGACAUCAAACCCGAGAAUAUCUUAGUUGGUCUCAAUGAUUUGAAGCACACUGCCUUCAUCAUUGACUUCGGUAUUUCGAAGGAGUACUGCAAUACUUUGACCAGAGCCCAUAUACCAUUUUGCCAAGGUCGUUGUCUCGCCGGCACACCUGUAUUCACCUCAAUCAACAGUCACUUAGGAGUUGAGCCAGGUCGUCGUGACGAUCUCGAGUCCCUCACAUAUAUGCUGAUGUAUUUCUUGCGUGGCUCCCUCCCAUGGUUAACCAGCAAUCAUGAGAAGCUCUCCAAUUCUUCCAUGCUUGAGCACAAUGUAAAUACUACUGUUGAAGUCUUAUGUCACAGAAUUCCCGUUGAGUUCACAAGUCUUCUUAUUUACACACGCUCACUUGCAUUCUCAGAGGAUCCUGACUAUGACUAUCUACAUUCAUUACUCCAUGGUAUUUCUGACACAUCACCAACGCCAACGCCAGCUACAUGCCUUUUGGAUUUCGGCCAGCCUAACCCUAUCAUUCAUACCCCUUGUCACAACCCUUUUAACGAAUUAACGCAGGGGCAGAGACUAGGACUCAAACAAGAUUAUCACAACAAGAAAAGAGUAUAA